UCUAUGUUAGAACAAAGCAGACGACAAGCAAGGUUGUUUUUUUUAUUGAAGAAUUAAGUUAGUUUAUUUUAAAGUAAAAAGAAUGCUCUCAAGUAUUACAAAAGUUGGGUUAUUUUGUAGGGCUGGUUCCAGAAACUUGCAGACAUCAUCUCGGUUACUGAGUGAUAAUUUAUUUGUGCAUCGUGAUACCAAGGAAGACCACCCAGAUGUUGUAUUUGAAUUCACGGAAGCUAACAAGAAGCGGGCGGACGCGAUAGUGUCAAUCUACCCGGAAGGCCACCAGAGGGCGGCGGUGAUACCGCUGCUGGACUUGGCCCAGAGGCAGCACGGCUGGCUGCCGAUAGCGGCCAUGCACAAGGUGGCCGAGAUGCUGAACAUGCCCCGCAUGAGGGUGUACGAGGUCGCUACCUUCUAUACCAUGUUCAACAGGAAGCCGAUGGGAAAGUACCACGUGCAAGUGUGCACCACCACGCCCUGCUGGCUGCGGGGCUCCGACGAGGUCAUGUCCUGCAUCCAGAGGAAGCUGGGCAUCAAGCCCGGGGAGACCACCGGCGACGGCAAGUUCUCCCUGUCCGAGGUGGAGUGUCUGGGAGCCUGCGUCAAUGCCCCCAUGAUGCAAGUCAACGACGACUACUACGAGGACUUGACAGUCAAGGAUACUGAAGAAAUACUGAGAGAUCUUUCCCAGGACAAGGUUCCUCCUGCCGGCCCAAGGUAUAUGUUGUUUUGUGUUGUGUUGAUAGAAAUGUGUACUACAUUGUUUUAUACAAAAAUGCUAAUGCAGGGCGGCCAGAGACUGGGACAACUGGUAAAAGUCAGGGAAUUUGAAACAAGUCAUGGAAAACCUGGAAAAGUUAGGGAUUUUUAUGAUGGGUCAGGGAAUUUUUUAAGUUAAGUUUGUGUCAGCAUUGUAAUGGUUUCUUCAAUGGCCAUUUGUAAUAAGAAUGUGAGUUAGCUGUAUCAUUUUCAAAAUUGUGUGUGCAUAUUACCAUAUUCAUCCAAUAAUCCACCCAGAAUUUUUUUAAUGUGUGUUUAAAAACAUGCUUGACAAUGCUGCGUAGCUAAAGUUCCUUUAAGCUCCAAUGUUGGUUAACCUGCUGUUUGUUAAAUGGCAGCAGACAUCUUGCAUGUAGUUUGAAAGUGCCUAUAUUUGAGAAAAAAGACGUUGCAAUGAUUACAGAAGGUUUGCUGUGUUGAGAUUAUCUACCGUGGCUGAAAACCCCUAAAAUAAUAAAAAUUGAUGAGGAAAUGGGAAAUCAUGUUAUGAGAAGAAUGUCAGCAUAUACGUGACUGUAGGGGAAAAAUUGUUAGUGGCCUAACUUUUAAUGGCGCUUCAUUGCAGUAAACAAAACAUCUUCGGCCGGCACAGAACUCAUUAUUUUUCAUUCAUGAGCAUUUUUUUCCUCAUUUCAAGCUAAACAUAUUCACAGUUAAUCCAUAAAUAAAAUAUUUUCUACCUAAUAUCUGUAGACACUUGUAUUUACAAUUUACUUCAAGAAUUUAAAUUGUAGUAUUGAAACUUUUAACAGUAUUCUUGCAGCAAGAAUAUAGUAGUGUGAAAAAAAUAACUGGUAGACGUCUUCAAUGGUACCAAGAAUGUUAUAUUAUUUUUACAGGAAACCUUUAAGGCAUGUUAUAAUUUGGAAUGAUUAUGCAAGCCCAGAAUAAAAAAAAAUUCAAAUAUGAUUCUAAGGUUAGGUUACUUAUUACAAAUAUUGUGAUAUGGUGAAAAUGAUCAGUUACGUUAGCUAAAUUAAAAAUCCUGAGAUAUUGUUUGAACUAUUGGUUAUGAAUUAUCAAAAUAAUGUAGCUUACUUAAAUUACCAAACAUCUUUACUAUUUUAUUUUGUAGUGUUUUUAAUGAAGUCAACCUAAUUUAAAAGUAAAUCCAAAGUAGGUAACCUAACAUAAGCAACCAUCCACACUAUUAAGUUUUUUGUUACUAAAGCUAACCUAACCACUCUUUAAAAUGGCCAAUUACUGGUAAACUACUUGUAGUAACACAAUGCCUGAUAAUAGAAAAAUAUGUCAGGAAGUAAAAAAAGAAGCAUUUUGGAAUAUUUAUUAUAUUUUUUUGCGGUAAAGUGGUUCUCCUUUAAAAUUUCUGUGUCUUAUUUUGGUAACUUGUGUGACCUUUUACUGCUUAAAAUUAAUUUUAAGUACCAUGUUUACCUGAAUAUAAUGCUAUGAUUUUUACCAAAACUGUGGGAACUAAAAGUGUGGGUUGCAUUAUAAUCGAAAACUUGUAUCUAUCGGAUCAGUUUAGUUGAAAAACUACCUGCUCUGCCUGUAAACUGCAUAACUUGUGCCACAGGUGAGACAGAUGAGAGAUGCGUGAUGAAGGGGAGGGUGCAGGUUGAAUAGUCACUGGGUUCCUUCCACUUCUCUGCUUGGUGGCGGCAUGGUGACCAGACGUUCUUUGCUUUCUGAACAGUUGCUGCUUUUGAACUACAGUCAUAAAAAAAAAAAAAAAAAAAACUUCUUACUGUGGCUUGGUGAUUUAAAAGAGACUGUAAAUCACUAUACUGACAAAAGCAGCACCAGAGUCUAGUAAAUAUGGAAUAAUUUUAAUAAUUAAAAUAAUUUUCAAGUGCUAUGUACCUGACAUUUCGAAUUCCAAUAAAUAACUUUUUUCCAUAAUUUAUUAAUCAAAAAGUUGAGGGUCGUAUCAUAUUGUCUCUUUAUUUUCAGGUAAAUACAGUAAAUUAUCUGCGGCAGUCUCUUAGAACAUAUAUAAGUUAACAUGCAUUUUUUUUCCUUUUAGGCAUUGCGUAUAAUUGACGUGAAGGUUCUCUUCUAGGAGCGGGCGGUUUGCAGCAGAACCACUCGGAGGCCUGACUUCUCUUAAGGAGCCGCCACCCGGCCCAGGGUUCGGUGUUCGUCCAGACCUGUGAUGGCUCCAUCGUUGUGCAACAUUUGUUUCUGCGUUGUAGUUGAUGGUUGUCCUCUUGCAAAAAAAAAUAUAUACUAUAAACAUCA